AUGACUCCUUUGGAAAUUGCAAACAACACUCUCCAGGCUACACUCAAGACUGUACAAUCGUUGAUGAAGCGUUAUCGCCAGACGCCUGAUUUGAAGCUUUAUGGGGGGAGUGCUACAUCGUUCUCCCCUCAGCUGCUAUCCUGUGCCGCCGUAGUACGGGAGCACUCCAAGGCCGGCAUCUUUGUGUCAUUGCUUGACUGGAAGACCGUCAUAGACAACGACCCGCGCAUUAAGAGUCACCCGUGGUUCCACAAGACCGUGGACUACCACUCCUCCACCUUUGCCGAACCCCAACUCACCACGGCGCUGGUGGACUCCACGGUAAAGACUCUUGUGGAAUCAAUUAGACCCCCUCAGCUCGGCUCAUGGAAGGCGACACAACUGGUUCCAUCGGCUGGUAAUGAAGUGCUACCAAGUACGCCCAGACAUCCAAAGCAGUGCUCCCCCCCCCCAUUGGAAUUCCAGCCACCAACCUGCCUGCCAUGUUCCAUCGCCCCCGUGAUGGUGAGACAGGGUAUCCAUACGGCUGGAAGCAUGAAGACAGAGACAACCGCACAGCCCAGGAAGACGAAAAGGAAAGCGGAAGAGAGCGACAAUGAUGGCAAAGAAGCGGAGGUAGCGCAUGGACUCACACCAACUCCCAUUUCCCGGAAGCCGAUUCGCAAACGGAAGAAGAAGUUUAUGUUGGAUGGAGGAGAUGACGGGGACACUGGUACCAUCCAUGUUAAGCAGAAGACAUUGUCAGUAAAGACAUUCAAUGCUGUGGCUCCGGAUGCCAUAUUAGCAGACACCUCCGCAACAGAAUUGGUGGACAAGAAAGGUUUUUGGGAUGAAAAAACUAGGCCUGCCGGAUGGGGUUUGGAUUCCAACAUCGCCACAACGGUGGAGCUUUCUGUUCGCUACCACUCCCGGAAAUGUGACAAAUGUGUCAAGUUGAAGGUUCCUUGCAUUGUUCUCCCUGACAAGAAGUUCGGAUGCAUCAGACUAACCUGUGCAAACUGCGAUGGGAUGAAGAUUGCCUGCACGAUCAACAGCGCUGGUGUCUGGCAGAGGUUGCAAGUAAAGGUGAAGGAAGCUGUUGGUGAACCGAAUAUCAAUCCUCUUCCCAAAUGUCCUAGGACAUGUGCGAACAAGUCACGCCCUGCCGCCAAAAAUCUGGCAAAAUCUGCUCCAGCCAAGACCAUGAAACCAGCCACUCGUUCAUCCACUUGUGUGGCUCAGACUGUUACUGUGGAUGACCCACUGAACGAACAACCGACGGACUUAAAGCCUAAGCAUCCGGCUCUGCUAGCGCCCCAAAACAUGCAGUCGUCGGACCCUUCCAAACCAUCGGAAAUGGGACUCCCUGCAAUCGUUUCAAUGCCGGCUCCAUUGCAGCCACCAGGACCCACCAAUCUCCCAGAGCCUGAACCCAGCGGAAAAGACAUCUUGCGGAGCAUCCAGGACCUUGGCAGGAGAUUCGAUCUCCUUGCAACCAAUGAGUGGGUGGACGUGUUGGAUGCAAGGGUUGAUUCGGUGGAGGACAGGUUUGGAUGGAGGCUGAUGGUGCUGGAGAAACAGAUCACUGCAUCAGAUGUGCGUUGGCAGUCGGUCAUGUCAUUGAUGGGUAAUCUGUCAAUGUCCCUGCAAAUCCAUAAGAACGAUCCGGCCGCUCACCGUCCUGGCUCCUCCGAUGGUACCAAAUAUGCGCCGCAAAAUGCCCCCAUUGAUGGAUGCCUGGGAAUCUCGACCGUUGGUAGGGAACACACCCAUGAAUGCAAUUAG